UUGAGUUUGAAUUGUUUACAUAUCGUAUAGAAAGUUGUUACAAUACAAGGACAUGAAUUUUAUUUGUAAUUAAAAUGAAACCAAUAACAGAUGAAGAACGAGAAAUUUUAGUGCGAACGCAAUUUGAAGCACUUUUAUACGAUGAUAGUAGCGAUGAAGACGAUAUUGAAGAAAAAAAUAAUUCAGAUUUACCAUCGAAUUCUCAUUAUCCAUCAUCUGAGAAUAAUGUAAAUUCCUCAAAUUCUGAAGAUUCAACUGAAUGUUCCGAAAAUGUGAUCUUGUCAAUGAUUUGGCAAAAUGAACAUUUGGGUGCAGCUUAUUAUAAUGUAUCAACUUCAGAACUUUUUGUCAUGGACGAUGUAAUUGACAAUAAUAUAUUUGAAAAAGUGAGAGCUCUCUAUAAACAAGUAAAUCCAAAUACAUUAAUUACUGUUGGUGGAUUGGCAGAAAUUUUUUUUGAAACAUUAAAAUCUUUAGUGACACGUGACAAUUUAGAAGCAUCAAAUGAAAAUACAGAUGAGACAUCAAAUCAAAAUUCUUGUUCUCUUAAAAUAUUAUCAAAAACUGAUAAUAUUGCCGAUUAUUGUUUAGCAAGAGUUCAAAAUUUAAAACUCGAAGGUGAACCUUCAAAUGCAAAUUUUGAAGAGAGAAACGCUUAUCUCAGUUCAUUUAUAAAUUUCAAUUCACGAGCUUUGAUAUACGCUUUGGGUUUACUAUUGAAAUAUAUUGACAGAGAAUGGCAUAGACUUUCAACAUGUGAAACAGAACAAGCAAUAUUUAUUAAUAUCACCAAUGUUUCUUUGGGUGAUUUGAUGAUGAUGGAUGAGGACUGUUACAGAGCUUUAAAUGUCAUUACAACUAAAGAUCAUCCAAGCUUUUUUAAAUUUGGAAAAGAUAGAAUUAAGAAACAUACAGUUAGUCUUUAUUCUCUCUUUAAUAAUUGCCAAUCACGUCUUGGUGCUCAAGCUCUUUGGAAGAUUAUGCAUCAUCCUACAACAGAUAUUGAAGUUUUGAAGAAAAGACACCAAGUGAUUGAAUUUUUUCUUAACCCUGGUAAUCUGUCAGUUGUCGAUAGUUUAAAGAGUUGUUUAAGAUGCAUUUAUCGACUUUCACCGUUGAUUAUAAAUAAAAUUUCCAUAUCACAAGCUAAAUAUGUAGAUUGGAGGAAACUCGAUCAAACGAUUUCAAAUGUCAUUCAAAUAUCUGAAAUUUGUGGACAAUAUCGAGAAGAGAUUUCAAUGUUUGAUGAAUUAGUGGAAAAUGUAACUCAAACAACAUACUUGGUCAAGUACUUUCUUGAUCUUCUUGUUGAUUUUGAAAUGACUCAAUUGAAAAAUCAAUUUGUUUUAAAUACAGGCGUUGAUCCUCUUUAUGAUGAAUUGGCUCAUAUUUGUGAUAAUUUACCACGUACUCUAAGUGAAUGGGGAGCAAAAGAUAUACCAAUACUUCCAGAAUCCGUUGAGUCUUGUUUGAUGGUUUAUAUUCCCAAUAUUCAAUAUCUUCUUGCUAUUACGCAAUGGAAAGAUGGUCCUCCAGAUAAUCCACAAAUUCAAGGUCUUGAAUAUAAAUUCACCAUUGAAAAUGUUCAUCACUACAAAAGUCCUGCCGCUAUUGAAUUAGAUGAAAAACUUGGUGACGUAAAAAUUAAAUUGGCAAAACGACAAAAUACAAUAAUGAUGAAAUUGGUAAAGUUUAUUGUACGUCAUUAUCAAGAAAUUAUGAAUGCUAUUCGACUUUGCAGUGAACUUGACGUGAUGUUAUCAUUUUUUAUGGUGGCUCGUGAUUCAAAUUAUGUGAAACCAGAAAUUGUUGAUUCUCGUUUAAUUGAAAUAAAACAGGGACGACAUCCUCUUAAAGAAUCAUUUGUAACAAAUUUCGUUGCUAAUGAUAUUUAUUCUGGUGAAGGAUAUAGUCUUGUUAAAAUUUUAACCGGUCCAAAUUCUUGUGGUAAAAGUGUUUAUCUUAAACAAAUUGCACUUAUUGUCUUUAUGGCUCACAUUGGAAGUUAUGUGCCUGCUGAUUCUGCGACUAUUGGUAUUGUUUCACGAAUUACGGCACAAAUUAUUUCCAAUAAUAGUAUUUCAUUAUUAAAUGCAAGUACAUUUCUUCAAGACAUUCGUCAGAUAAAUACAGCUGUGCAUUCAGCAAAUUCUAAUACCUUGGUAAUUAUUGAUGAAUUUGGAAGAGGAACAUCUGAAAUAGAUGGAGCUGCUCUUUUAGCUUCUGUUCUUAAGUAUUUUUUGGAUCGUGGAAUUGAAUGUCCUCAUCUUUUUGUUGCAACUCAUUUACAUAGAGUUCUCGAUCUAAUACCAAAAGGACCAUUAAUACAACCUCAGACAUUCGAAUUUCUACAACCAACCGAUGAGAGAGAAAUUGUUUUCCUUUUCAAAUUAAUAGACGGAGUUUCAAAAUUAAGUUUUGCUCACGCUGUUGCUAAACAUGCUGGUUUAAAUUCUGACAUUCUCAAACGAGCUAUGGAGGUUUACAAAUGCCAAAAACAAAAUCAAUUGCCAUCACAUUUGGAAAAAUCUUCUCGAAAAAACACAUCAAAUUUGAUUAUUCAAAGAAUUUCCAAUUCUAAUGCGAGUAGUAUUAAUUUAGAAGAUUUAAAAAUUUGGACAUUAAAUGUUAUUGGAUGGACAGACAAGAAAUUAACAAACAAUAAUUCUAAGUCCACUUCAUCUUCAUCAAAUGAAGGUACAAAAUAAAAAUAAUUUUAUCUCAUUAUACAAAUACUUAAGAAAGUAUAAUUUAAAUUGUAUUUAAAUAGAAAAAAAAACGCUUUAAUGUGAAAUUGUUACUAUUUUAGUAUUAUUAAUUAAAUUUUACUAAAAUUAAUUAUAAUUUAUUAAAAAUGUAUAAUGUACGCAGAAAAAUUAAUAAAAU